AAAAAAAAACACGUAAGUUCAGGAUGAAGUGUUUAAGAAAGUGAUGUAAUACUGCAAAGGAAAGUGUGAACAAGUAAGAAGAAAAGAGGAACGAGAGGAGGACCUAAGAAGCGAUACAAAGCGUUACAGGUCAAAAGAAGAAGAAGAAGGUAGUCCCCUCGUAGGCCCUCGUAGCGGAGUGUUGCCGUGCGUGACCCGCCUCUCAGCCUCCUGCUAUUUCACCGUGUUGACCCCCAGCAGGUGAGGUGGUGGCGUGUUACCUGGACGGGCUUCAGUGUGCCUAUCGGUGGGAGGUGGUGCACAGCCGCUCCCUCGCCAGGUGGAGGUGGAGGUGCCUCUGGUUAACAGAGUGGUUGCUGUGUCGGGAUGGGAAGCCCAAAACUCCAGUUCCGAGGGUCCCUCAGCACCUCUGACCCUAGGAAGAGUCCAGUACUGAUUGUGGGUCAGCUGGGGCACCUGAGCAGCCUCUCCUUUUCUGAUGUUGCACCAAGACUCCAACCGAGGGUGGAUGAGGAGGUAUGGAAUCUGGCUGUCAAUAGUCUGCAGCCCUCCCCAACAGACUUUUGCUCACUUUACCUGAACCUAGCAACAGUGGCUGCUCUGCCCCUCAAGUGUUCCCGCCACAACACCCCAUCCAGGACUCAUGCUGUCACCAAGCUCGUCAAAACUCACUCCACUGGUGGGGAUGAGUGCAUUGUGCUGGUGUGUGAGAAGAAUGACCUGUAUGCCAGUGCCUGUGGGGUGGCCCGUGCCUACCCCACCUACUCCAAAAAGACAGCCUCUGGAGCCUCCUCCUCAGAGCACACAGUCACAGUGGAGGUAGUUCUGGUGGGGAAAGGAGAUGUUCCCCUCACACAGGAAGACAUCAAGGUGUUAGAAGACACUGUGUUUAGUGUCCGCCUUUCUGCAAGGAUUGUUGACACGCCAGCCAAUGAAAUGCACACUGAUGCAUUCAUUGAGGAGGUGCACAAAGUCGCUCAAGUAUUAGACAUCAAGCCUGUGGUUAUCCGUGGGGAGGAGUUGGCUGCCAAGGGCUUUGGUGGUAUCUAUGGUGUUGGCAAGGCAGCUAUUCACCCUCCUGCCCUGGUGGUUCUGUCCCAUCUUCCACCUGGUGCCACUGAAAGUAUAGCUUGGGUUGGCAAGGGAAUCGUGUAUGACACUGGUGGACUCAGCAUCAAAACAAAGACCAGCAUGCCAGGAAUGAAAAGGGACUGUGGAGGUGCUGCUGGCAUUCUUGGGGCAUUCAAUGUGGCUGUACAGUCAGGAUUCACCCAAAACCUUCAUGCCGUGUUCUGUUUGGCAGAGAAUGCUGUUGGACCUACUGCAACAAAACCUGAUGAUAUUCACACACUUUACUCAGGAAGAACCGUUGAAAUCAACAAUACAGAUGCAGAGGGCCGCCUGGUACUCAGUGACGGUGUGUCAUAUGCUGCCAAGGAACUGCACUGCUCAACCAUCCUAGACAUGGCCACCCUCACUGGUGCCCAGGGCACAGCCACAGGGAAGUUCCAUGGUGCAGUGCUGACCAACAACCAGGACUGGGAGGAUGCAUCAGUGUCUGCCGGGAUAGUGUCAGGAGAUCUCAUCCACCCGCUGCCCUUCACCCCUGAGCUCCACUUUUCUGAGUUUGCUUCUGCUGUGGCUGACAUGAAAAAUUCAGUUGCUGAUCGUCAGAAUGCCACUGCCUCCUGUGCUGGACUCUUUAUAGCUGCCCACCUUGGAUUUGACUUCCCUGGUAGUUGGAUUCACAUUGAUAUGGCAUAUCCAGUCCACUGUGGUGAGCGAGCCACUGGGUAUGGUGCGGGUCUUCUGCCAGUCCUCUUUGGGCAUCACUCCCAGAGCUGUCUGCUGAAAAACUUGUCUCCCAUCAUGUCUGAAAAUGGAGGAUGUGAAGACAGUUGUAAGGCUUCCAAGAAAAUGAGGUUAUCAUAAUAUAGCACAUAUUUUCCCUCUUAAGCUCACAAACUGUACAGUUUUGUAGUAUUUGAAGACAAUAAUUGAAAACUUUACCAUCCAUUUGCUUAUAAUACUGAAAAGGCAAUGUUACAAAUACUACUUUUUCAAAAUCAAAAUUAUUAAAUAAUCCUUCCAGUCUUGUGUAAGACAUAAGUGGUCUGUUACUUAAAUACUGAAAGGGAAUAGGUGCAACGCUGAUUAUUCAGUAUAUUGUAAGAUCAGAUCAUGUUUGGCAGCUUGACUACCAGGGAUGGACUCCCUUUUUUAGGGAAAAAAAUAUUAAAGAAAUAGUGGUUUAACCCGUACAGUGUCGUUUUUUGUCAUCGAUAGGGGUCAUGCCAGGUUGCAAUUUUUUUUUUUUUUUUUUUUUUUUUUUUUUUUUUUUUUUUUCCUAAAAAUGUUAAAAUAAAUUACAAAUUAUUUGAUAUAUAUAUUAUUUAUAUGUGAAGAAUGGAACCCUAGAUUGUUCGUUGUCUUAUUUUUCUCCAUCUCAGAGCUAACAAUGUCAUACCAGGAAAGGGAAAUUUAUCUUUAAAUUUUUUUAGAGCCUAUAUUCUUUCCAUUAUAAACACUUCUCACUACCCAAAAGCGUGAGUAAUGUAUAAGUACUUCUUUACGUCACAAAAACCUAAAAUAAUAAACAGGAAUUGUAAGUACAAGAAAAUGAUUGGAUGCGCAUCAGGCAACGCCGCUCACUUCAAGGCCGUCUGUACUACAACUGUAGUUAACAAAGUUCAACAAAACACUAUGAAGCUUCCGACGAUAAGUUUUCAUUUCCGAUUACUCUGAACCAUGAUUUACAAUUAUACAUGCCUUACUGAUUAUAGAAUCAAGGAGUAAUUACCUAUAAGAAAGUAACUUACCUUUUUGUAUAAUGAUUUUUGUUGGAAUGCAGACAAAUGUACAGAAAGGCCCUUUAACAUCCAUUUAAAAAUACGAAGACUUGUCAAAUUAUUCCUCUUUACUGUCAAUGAACAAUGUUACAUACACAAACAGAAAUAAAGGGCGUAUAAGCCCUCAAAAGAGCUUGCGUAUAUAUAUGUACUAAACACUGUACGGGUUAAGGGGAGAAUUGUUCCUCUAGUUUGAUUUCAGAUUGGAAUAUUUUUUUUCUGAAAGUAACACUAACAGUACACAUUGUGUCUUUAUUCUCAAUCCUAACUGACCAUAGGUCUGGUGAUUAUUAUUUACUUAUAAAAGUUAGAUAUAUGUGAGUGACAGCUUGUGCCAAGAGCUUAUUUGUCAAUGUACAAAGCCAUUAAGAUAAGCAAGCACAUAUGUUCCUGGUAUAUGUCAGUGACAUGAUUGACAGGUUGGCUAGCUAUGCAAGUCUGUUUGUAGAUGAUGUGAAACUCAUGAUGCCAAUAAUAGGUACCGAGUAUUGUAAAGAACUACUAAAGGAUCCGAAGAAAUUGCAAAACUUGCAUAAGGUGUGGAUAAUUGACCUUAAGGCUAAGAAAUUUCAUGUUACAGAAAUUAGAAAGUGUAAGGCAAGACCCAGAUGAGAGCAUGAUAUAGGGGAGAGGCCCUUUGCCUUAGUUAAGAAGGACUUGGUAGAGGUGGUAUGAAAUGACCUUUCCCAAGAUCCCUUGUAUAGAGAUGCUGGUGUGGUAUUAUUGGUGCUGAACUUCUAAUACCGAGGUUUUGUAAGUGAGUUUGCAGUUAUCAGAUUCAUCUCGCUUUUUAAAAUUAUUUGGUGCUGUCAUUGAUCUAACAAAAUGGGUAUGGAAAGGGAGGAGACACUUUUAUUCUUUAAAUGUAUUGAAUCAAAAUGGCAGACAAAAUAAUCAGUAGGUAUCAGUGUCCAAAGAUUACAAAUGAUGACUGUACUACAGUAAAGCCUUGAUUAAGUAGCUGUUUUGUAUAGUGGAUGGCAUUCAUUCCCAAAAGGACAAGCAGGGGUAUUCCAUUAUCAAGUCUCAUAUUUGCAAUUCUUGUUUGGUACUGAGCCUUUUCUCACAGUAAGAUAAUAAUUAGGUGGAUCAAAAACUGGGAAUUAGGAAAGAUGAUGGUUGGGCACAUGCUGAUCCUAAAGCAUUUUUGUAAUGAAGCCUAAGGAGAUCAGUUACUGUGGUGAAAUUCAGGAGUAUCUUAGGUAUUGCUAAGGUUGCAGGAAAGAUAACUAUGAACAGAAAAUUUUCCAUCCUAAGGAGCAACAUUUCUCAUAAAAUAUGGAGGUUUCUGAUCAAGCCACCUGGAAUGAGAGUGACAAAUAAGUACUACAGUACUUAUUAGAGCUGAGGCCAAGGCACAAACUUAGGUCAUCAUUCCAAUAGAAAAACAGGCAUGCCACCAUAAAGUCAACAGGAAUUAAGUCUUAGCACUUUAGAGCUGCAAAUGGCUGGAAUUAAUCCACAUAAUCAAGGUGUUACUGUAUAAGAGGGCAAAGGGUCAAGGGUUCAUGACUAUGCAGCCCUAUGUUUAGCACAGACUUGGAAAAUGCUAUGGUUCUUUUUAUAAGUAUCUUUAAAUUAUGCUAGGACAUGGUUAAGAAUUGUUGAGCCAUUCUUUUGCAUACUAAGAAAUAAAAUAAAAAUAUUUUAGUCAUC